UGUAUCGGCGAAUCAUGAGUGACGUGGGAGGAGUCGUGGCCUGGCCGGAAAAGAGUGUGUAGUUUGUUGCCGGAAGUGAAGGCACCGGCUGAGGAGAUGGCGCCGAGCUCGAAAUCCGAACGGGGAGGGAACAGGAAGUGGGGCCCGCGGGACCAUGUAAUAAAGCAGCUGGACCGCGUUAAGAUCACAGGUCAGCUGUCCCCGCGUCUGUUCCGGAAGCUUCCUCCUCGACUCUGCGUAUCUCUGCGGAACAUUGUGGAUGAGGAAUUCCUGCAGAAGGGUCACAUCUUCCUGGGUUUCUCCAAGUGCGGCCGCUUUGUGCUGUCUUACACGAAUGAUUUCCAGGACGACUAUUUCUCCUCGUUCUCCUAUAAUCUGUACUGGUGGCAGUUCCACGUGCACAGCAAACUGCGCCUGGUACGACAGGUGCGCCUGUUCCAGGACGAGGAGAUUUACAGCGACCUUUCCCUGCACGUGUGCGAGUGGCCCAGCGACAGCUCCAAGGUUAUAGUAUUUGGGUUCAACACCUCAGGGAAUGGCAUGCUAAUGAACAUGAUGAGUGAUGAUAAUCACCGUGAUAUUUAUAUCAGUACUGUAUCUGCUCCACCUACCGCCCCCUGCACAGACUGCAAAGAAUCACAGAUAGGAUCAUGUCUCUUACACAGCUUCAUGCUCCACACCAAGUACCAAGUCGUUUACCCGUUCCCCACCUUCCAGCCUGCCUUCCAGCUGAAAAAGGAUAAUGUUGUUCUUCUUAAUACCAGCUUCUCACUUGUGGCCUGUGCCAUAUCUGUGCAUUCAGCAGGAGAGGCGGAACCCAACCAAAUACUUUACAGCAAGCAGAGCCAACAGCACAGAGACCCCGGCUGCUCUUUCCCUUCCAGCCCUAGCAAGUCACCCCCCAGCAACAACUCUCCUCUUCCCUCCCCUCACCCUCCUGGAACUCCUCCGGCUAUCACACGCGCCCGAGAGUUCGUGGCUGGUAUCUUUCGCCGUGCAAGAGAAGCUUCUGGCAUUGAGAUGCAGGAUAAGGGAGAGAGUCCUGGCACAAGCAGAGAAAGUCCUCCUAGUUCUUCGUUCCCAGCCUCCCCUGUAUGUCAUCGGCCUUCCAGUGAGGGGCCGGCACAUUUAUCCAGGGACUCCGAAGAGCCAAGCUACGUGAAUUACACGCGAUUUCGUUAUAUCCUGGGGGAGGCAACUGAAUCUGAACAUGAUAGUGAGUAUGAGGACGACAAGAUUUCACUGCCUUUCCUGGUAACUGAUAUAAAGGGAAAUCACUUGAAGCCCCUGAGUGAGAAAUCAUCUUUCCAGGGGCAGCAUCUCAGCGUGGAGCAGCUGACUCUUGAUUUUGAAUACGUCAUCAAUGAAGUUAUAAGACAUGACGCCUCCUGGUCCCAGCAGUUCUGCUCUUUUAGUGACUACGAUAUUGUUAUUCUGGAGAUGUGUCCAGAGACCAGCAAGGUGAUAAUAAAUAUUGGCCUCCUCCUACUUGCAUUCACAGCCCCGCAAUACGAGGGGCAGCUCAGGCCCAAGACUUAUCACACCAGCCUGAAAGUGGCAUGGGAUUUGCACACGGGGAUCUUCAGUACACUCAGUGUGGGCGAGCUAACGGAAGUCAAAGGUCAAACAAGUGGCAGCGUGUGGAGCUCCUAUCGGAAGAACUGCGUGGACACCGUCAUGAAAUGGUUGGUCCCGGAGAGCAGUGUGCGAUAUGUGAAUCGAAUGACGAAUGAGGCUCUUCAUAAAGGCUGCUCCCUCAAGGUGCUGGCUGACAGUUUACGAUACACUUGGAUUGUGCUGUAAACUGCCGGCGUGCUGGUGGCCAAACACUACCUCUGCUCAAGUCUCCUGGUGCCUCUCAUUAGGGAUCCAGCGGCAGGAGGUACACAGACUGCACUUUACAACGUGGGAUGGGAAGCUGCUUUCUCAAGGAAUUUGUAACAGGAUCUGGAAAUGGUUAACGCGCGGGAGGGGGUUUAUUUAACCGUUUUGCUGCUGCAGGACCUGAUUACGUUGCAGCGCCCUUUUAUUUUGGCCUGACUAGAACAAAGCUUUUUUUUAACGUGUGUAUAUUCCGUAACCCCGCCCCUGUCUGUCCCUGUCUCGCGCAACUGUUGCAUCCUGUUUGUGAAAAUAAAACGUGUCAUUUCA